AUGUGCGCCCUAGGCAAACCUACAAAUGCCAUGAACCAACGCCUUGGGAUCGUUCUUUUGAUUACUAACAGCCUCCUUCUCUUCAUUCUCCCUUUGGUAGUAGUACCUUUGAACACAUCUCGUCAACACUUUACACUAUGGAAUCUCCAUGGUGCUCAAAACUUUUAUCCUUGUCAGUUUAUCAGAGCCUCUUCUGAUUCAGACAACGUCGAUACUAUUGAAUGUGAUCGAAAGGCUUCUGCCAUCCUCGGAAACAGUAUUCCAACAAUUUACCCCGAGGGUCGAGUGGUUAAAGAAAUACGCAUUUUUGCAGAACGUCAACUCAGUAGAAUUUCACGCAAGGCAUUUGAAAGAGCCGGUGCCAACCUCCAGAAACUCGUCAUCGAGGGAGGCGAAAUACGAGUGAUUAGGAGGGAAGCACUUCUGGGACUGACGGAGCUUCAAGUUCUUGAGAUUCGAAAUGCUCAAAGCGUGGAAAAACGGUGGUCUAACAACGGUUUAGCUGGACGGCUAUUCACUGCUGAUGGAGAACUGAAAUACCUUAAGAAGCUGAAGCGUCUGGUUCUUGAAAACGUGGAUUUAAGUGAUGGACUAGUAGCGUAUGCGUUCUACGACAUAAGCCGACAUUUAACGGAAGUUGAAAUGAUAGGUAAUAAUCUCGUAACAAUCAAUCCGUACACCUUUGAGAAGAGUGAAUGUUGCAAAUCCCUUCGACGACUACGCUUGGAGAGACAGAACGGGUACUUGAAUUGGUUGAACAAUGCCUACAGAUGGGCGCGGGAUUUGGGUGGAAUAACCUUACUAUCCUUAAGUGGCAAUAAUAUGACCAAUAAAACGCUCGACUUCGGUUACAGCCUGAACUCAAAGUUACGGGCAUUAAAGAUAGAAAAUUGUUCUCUUAUAGAAUUAUCAGAGAAUCUUCUAAGCAAUUUCAAAGCAUUAGAAGAGAUCUAUGCCGGGGAGAACAGUUUUACAAUCAUCUCGGAUCAGGAAGCCACCGAAACGCUACGAGGCUUGAGGAGGUUUACAAAUCUUUCCAAACUAAGUUUACAUGGAAACAGGGGUCUUAUCUAUAAACAACCGACAUGGUUUCGGGCAUCAAACAUUAAGGAGUUAGACUACACUAAAAGUCUUCUGCGGCGGAUAGGAGCUCGAGAGCUCCCAAAAGGGCUUCAACAACUCCAUCUAGAAUCCACAUUCCUUGAAGAAAUCGACCCAGAAUGGGCUGCUGGAAUGACUAGCUUUUCACAUCUCUACCUCAACGCAUCCUACCUUAAGACUGUAAAGAUCAACGGGGUGGAAGGUAACUGGCAGGCAGCCUUAGAAGCCCUAAAGGAUCAAUUAAAAGUCCUUGGACUUUCUCGAUGUCAAAUCAUCGGCCAGAGCCUACAACUCAACAUGGAUGACGAAUUUCAAAUAACCGGUUUACGUCUAGGCUUAAAUCAGCUUCAAAGACUUGAACAUCUCGACUUGUCUGGGAACUACAUCACCCAUAUUCCACAGGACGCAUUCCAGAAUCUGUCCCAACUCAUCAGCCUGAAUCUCUCUAACAAUCACCUUCAAACUCUCCUCAUUCUGAAGCAUGACGUGAUAAGAUCAACGAGUAGUCCAUCAAUUCAAGAUCUAGAUCUAACCAACAAUGCUUUGAGCACUGUUUUAAGGUCCCCACCAAGUCUGGGAUUCAAUACCUCUUUGCAGAAUCUUUUGGCAGAUGGAGCUAAAGUGAAAUUACGAGGAAAUCCUCUAAUCUGUGAUUGCAGACUCCGUUGGUUAGCUGGGAAGAGGAUCAGAGUUGACAAUUUCACCUGCACGGGAAAGAAUAGUAUAGCCGGAAGUGGGUUUCAAAGAGUCACUGUGGAGGAUCUUGAGAACGGAAAUAACUGCAUGGAAAGGGAUUUUAUUGGAAUGCCGGAUUCGACUUAUCCUUUCAGACCUGUUCGUGUUUUUGGUUACGAUAGGAAUCUAGAGAAAGUUUACUUCGCAGUAAAGGGAAGGACGUUAAAGUCAGCUUGGAGUAACAUUGCUAGAACAGCGCCUCAGCAUCCAGCUUUUGCACUGCAAAAAGUCUUGGCGAAGCUAAGCAACAUGACCCCAGAAAUAAUCUCAAGUCUGCAGGAGAGUUAUCUCGUCUUUGAGGUAGCUUACUGGCCAGUUGGACAGAUGAAAGAGUUACAAGGACCCCUAGAAUGGCAGGUAGUGGAAGAGGGCUUGAUGCGAACAGAAGGAAGGGAGUACAUAUUCUCCGUCCAGCCGAUCGAUGUGAAACGAGCUCACACCAUCUGUUUUCGAAACGCUCUCGAACGCAGAAACACAGCCAGUUCCACCCUCUGUCAGAUAUUUCAACCCAGUGAACUAACAAUGACCGCAUCGGCAAAUGUUUCGGUAAAUAGGAUGGAUCAUGUCCAUGCACCCUUGUGGUUUGUUAUUCUAGCAACAGCUGGUGCUGUAAUCUUCAUCACGUGUAUCUUGUGGCUCUGUGUUCGAUACAUAUGUUGUCGACGGAAAAGAAUAGAAAGAAGGCAAAAAAGGGAGACGUCUUUCACGAUGGCAAGUAACGAACCUCUUAGGUACACGGAUUACGAGCUGCAAAAGGAGAGUACCUACGACAAGUUGGAAAACUAUUGCAUGGAAAACUCGUUGCCGAAUUUGAACACGGUGGACGGACGUCCAGAGUUGCCGAAACGUGCAAAACGGUAUAGAACCCUGACGCAGCCCUUGCAGACAGGAACAGGUUCGUUGGGAGAUUUAACCGGAAUGCAGUGCUAUGUGCGGACGAAAGUGCAAACACAUCAGUCUUUAGUAACUAGACGUUUGAAUGAAAGGAAUUCGACAGCAAAAUUGCUAUUGGCUGGUCCAAAACUGCCAAGACCGAUAACCUAUCAACAUCCAAAAAUUGUGCCGACACAACUGUUAAUAGAUGAGAAUGGAUAUGUGAGGAUGAACGUAGAAAGUGAUGAACACUUUGAGACUGGGCCAGAGAAGAGAAUAAGACGACAGGAAGAGAACGAUGAGAAAAUGAUUGAUUCCUACACACUUGGAGUAUCCAGAGGUGCGUUAAUGAGGCAGAAAAGUGCUCCGGCAUAUGCAUCAACGGCUAGCACCCCUGGAGCCUGGACCUCUCCUGAACCACCCUUGUGA